AUGGCCACUGUCUAUGUCCCUGCCGUGUUUGAGAAGUACUCUGCCUCCUUCCAGAUUGGUGGCAAGCCAGUGCAGAUCAAUCUGUGGGACACAGCAGGGCAGGAAGAUUAUGACAGGCUCUGUCCCCUCUCCUACACAGGAGCCCAUGUGAUUCUCAUGUGCUUUAAUGUCACCAAUCCCAACAGCUUUGGCAACAUUCUCAAAGGUAACAAAAUGUGGUACCCGGAGGUGAAUCACUUCUGCAAGGGUCUCCCCAUCGUGCUGGUGGGCUGCAAGACUGACCUGAGGAAGGACAAGGUCCUUCUGAGGCAGCUCCACGAGGACUGGCUGGAGCCCAUCACCUACCACAAGGCGGAGGCCAUGACCAGGGAGGUGCAUGCUGUCACCUACCUUGAGUGCUCGGCCAAGUACCAGGAGAACAUCAACAUCUUCACAGAGGCCUCCAGUGCUGCCUUGAGCGUCAUGCAGAAGAGCCAGCGCAAACAGAAACCCAAGAGGAGCUGCCUGCUUGCCUAGCCAGCUCCACUCCUCCUGGGGAUGCCCCAAUGCCCUGCACCCAUCCCAGG